UGUAGCAAGGCCUGUCAGUUCCAUCUGUCCGAAAAGAAGCAGAUUAGGUCCACUCCAAUCCUAAGGUGGCUUCAGUCUCUCUGGGCUGCAUGGCAGGAUUAAAAGGGGCUUUGGGGGGAAAUAAAGUGGUUUGAAAGGUUGUGGAAGAGCAUUAGGAAGGAAGGGAGUGCACUGGCCCCGGACUGGAGGAAAGAGGAUCUUCCAUAUCCCGGCCCCUAACGUCCCUUCCUGUCUUCUUGUGUCUAGGAAGGCUCCUGGGCAGGUCCCCUGCAGGAAAGGAGAUGGAGAUGAAACGGCUCAGCCUCUCCCUGGUGGUGGUCCUCUUCCUCGUCCUGGCCUUGCAGAUCUUGUCGGCUGUCGAUUUUGACCCGUAUCGGAUCCUGGGCGUCAGCAGGACUGCGAGCCCGGCGGAUAUUAAAAAAGCCUACAAGAAACUCGCCCGGGAGUGGCAUCCAGACAAGAAUAAAGAUCCGGGAGCAGAAGACAGGUUUAUACAAAUCAGCAAAGCCUAUGAGAUCCUGUCCAACGAGGAGAAGCGGUGGAACUUCGACCGCUACGGCGAUGUGGGCGAGAACCAGGGCUUCCCCCAGCAGCAGCAGCAGCAGCAGCCGCACCGCCCGUUCCACCCCUUCCACGAAAGCUUCUACUUCGACGAGUCCUUCUUCCACUUCCCUUUCAACUCGGACCGCCGCGACUCCACCGACGAGAAGCACCUGCUCCACUUCUCGCACUACGUCAGCGAGGUCGUGCCGGACAGCUUCCGGAAGCCCUACCUGAUCAAGAUCACCUCUGACUGGUGCUUCAGCUGCAUCCACAUCGAGCCGGUGUGGAAGGAGGUGGUGCAGGAGCUCGAAGGGAUGGGCGUGGGGAUCGGUGUCAUCCACGCGGGCUACGAGAGGCGCCUGGCCCAGCACCUUGGCGCGCACAGCACCCCGUCCAUCCUCGGGCUGAUCAACGGGAAGGUCACCUUCUUCCACAACGCGGUGGUCCGGGAGAACCUCCGGCACUUUGUGGAGGGCCUCCUUCCGGGGGGCCUGGUGGAGAAGAUUACGGACCAAAACUACAUCCGGUUCCUGUCGAACUGGAAGAAAGAGAACAAGCCUCACGUCCUCCUCUUCGACCACACGCCCCUCGUCCCGUUAUUGUACAAGCUGACUGCCUUUGCGUACCGAGACUACUUGUCCUUUGGAUAUGUGUACGUGGGGCUCCAGGGCACCGAAGCCCUUUCCAGCCAAUACAACAUUAACGUCUACACGCCUACCAUGAUGGUCUUCAAGGAACACAUUGAGAAACCCGCCGAUGUCAUCCAGGCCCGCAACAUGAAAAAACAACUGAUCGACGACUUCCUGUCCCAGAACAAGUUCCUUGUGGCCUCUCGGCUCACCAGUCAGAAGCUCUUCCAAGAACUGUGUCCUGUGAAGAAGUCCCACCAUCAGCACAAGUACUGCGUGGUCUUGGUCACGGGUGAGGGGGAGAACCACGCGGAGGGCUACAAAGCCUUCCUGGCCUUUGCUGUGGCCAACACCAAGGAGACCCUGAGAUUUGCGCACAUCUUUGGCGACUACCAGCAGGAUUUUGCCCGCACUUUGCUGCGGGGUGACGUCUGGUUUCAGGCCAAGUCGGCUGUGGUCAUCCUCGAGAGACGCAACAGUGCCGGGCGGGUGGUGUACAAGGCCCUGGAGGAUCCCUGGAGGGGCACCAAAGAGGACACCUUUACCCUCCUGGACUCCCUGGAUCAGCUGAGGAUGGACGCGGCCUUUCUGUCCUCGGAUGCUGUCCUGCCGGACCUCACUGACGAGCUUGCUCCCGUUUUCUUCCUCCGAUGGUUCUACUCCACUGUGGACUACGCCACGGGCUGCUGGGACGGCCUCUUCCGCAGCAACUGGCGGGAAAUGAUGCCUUUGCUCUCCCUGAUCUUUUCGGCCCUCUUCAUCCUGUUUGGGACGGUGAUAGUUCAAGCGUUCAGCGAUUCGAGUGACGAGAGAGAUUUGCCUCCCCCCAAGAAGGAGGACCCUCCCCCCAAGAGCGAGAAGAACGACAUGAGCUUCACCAAAGAAGACAGGUUUCCCAGAAAGUACUCCGUGAAAGUGACGGAGCUCACAGACAUCACCUACACCAGCAACCUGGUGCGCCUGAGGCCCGGCCACAUGAACGUGGUCCUCGUGCUCUCCAACUCCAGCAAAACACCUUUGCUGCAGAAGUUCGCUCAGGAGGUCUUCACUUUCACCGGGAGCAGCUGCCUCCAUUUCUCCUUCCUGAGCCUCGACAAGCACCGGGAGUGGCUGGAGGAUGUGCUGGAGUUUGCGCAGGACGCGGCCCCGGUCCCCCAUCAGUACGACAAGCACUUCCUGGAGCGCGACUACGCCGGCUACGUCCUGGCCCUCAACGGCCACAAGAAGUACUUCUGCCUCUUCCGGCCCCCCCGGCUGGAGGAGGGCGAUGGCCGGCUGGGCCCCCACGAGGACGCCGACCCGGGGGGCACCUGGGGUGGGCCCUCCGCAUCCUGCAGCCCGCGGGGGCGGUCCGCGAAGGGCAAGCUCCACCGGCUGUCCCUGUGGAUGGAGCGGCUCCUGGAGGGCUCGCUGCAGAGGUUCUAUAUCCCCUCCUGGCCCGCGCUGGACUGAGCCCGGAUUAAAGCCGUCAAAGAAG